GAGCAAUACUCUUCGGCGGUCAGAGACGCGAUGCGGUAGUUUCUCCCAGAUCACGGAUCAAAAGCCCAACAUAGAAAAGUUCUGAUCCAACCACCCCCUUAAACCGCGCUAAGUCCGGAAAAGUGUUUACUCUCUGGGGCCAUCAGUGCCAAAGUGUUCGUGCAUUUCACAAACAGUUUCGAAAAGCUCUGUGAAAAGAUUUUUCCCAAAAAAAAAGAGAAAACUCACCCUCUUGUGCACCAUGGAAAUCAAUUGAUUUUUCCACCACGAAAAACUUUUCAUCCGAUUUUGGACUUACGAGUGAAAGAGUGCUUUUUUUGCGGGGGAGAUUUGUGCCGAAGGAAAAAUUGUAUUUGUUAGCAAAUAUCUCAUCUGGGAACUAAAAAAAACAGUGAAUUACCAAGAGAUAUCAUUGAUAGGAGAACACUCGAAAUUGGCGGUGGCCUGAAAACACACAAACAAGGAUUUCCCUCUCACCCAGGGACACUUUUCACCUUCCCAGCACGUUCCCAGGGUAAUUGCGACAGAACACCGAAGAUAUGGCGCCUCCACUGCUUAAAUUCACCCUGUGUACCAUCUUCACCUUGGUUCUCAUGAGAAUGGCCUCAGCACAAGAGUCAUUCAAUUGCGAGAGUGAAGGAUUCCACCCAGAUCCAGAUGACUGUGCUGUCUUCCAUCGCUGUGUUGAUGAUGGCAAUGGGGGUUAUACGAAAUAUACAUUUAAAUGUGGACCUGGAUCUGUUUUCUCUUCCACCCAUAACGUUUGUGUUCAUCCAAGUGAGUCUGAUAAUGAACGAUGUGGCCUAGCUUCAAACUCUGUUGAGCCAGAAUCGGAAAAUCAACAACAGCAGCAACCAGCACCUUCAUCAACUACAACACAAGCAUCAACGGCUCCAUCGACCACAAAAUCAACCACAACUACAACUACUACCACUACUCCUAAGCCCAGUCCGACGUCAGAUCCUGAGCCAGAACCAGAGCCAGAACCAGAUGCCGAACCUGCACCCAGCACUGAGGAUAAGGAAGGGCUCUGUCAGGGUGAAGGAUUUGUAGCACAUCCUACAGAUUGCCGAAAGUUCUACCGGUGUGUAUCAAAUGAAAAUGGUGGAUACAAUCGAUACGAAUUUGAGUGCGGUGAAGGAACAGCCUGGGAUGAUAGUAUUCAAGGAUGCAACCAUGAGCACCUGGUUGAAAGAUGUGGAGGUAAAGCCACCACAGCUGUAAUGGGCGAUGACCACGAGUCAGCUGAGAGUUCAUCUCAAUCUUCAAGCAGCCAAUCAUCAUCUACUGAGAUGUCUUCAUCGUCAUCUUCAUCAUCCUUUCAGAAUAGCACUAGCAGUUCUAGUAGUAGCACUAGCAGUAGUUCAUCUAGUAGUUCAUCGAGUAGUUCAAGCAGUAGUUCAUCUAGUAGCAGUAGCUCCUCCUCCUCAUCAUCCUCAUCGUCAUCAUCAUCAACCAGCGAACAGUCUAGUUCCAAUUCAACUUCAUCAUCUUCAUCAACCUCAGGAUCUGAGAGCAGUAGUACAAGUUCUGGAUCAGAACAGACAAGUAGUACAUCAAGCUCAGGUUCCGAAAAUAGCUCACAGACCGAGAACACAGAAAGCAGUAGUUCCUCUUCUACUGGUUCAGAAUCUAGCUCAUCGAGUUCAACCACUGAUCAAAGCACUAGCGAAUCAUCUUCAAGUGCUGGGUCUCAAAAUCAAACCAGUAGUGAAACAUCAAAUACAAGUUCAUCAUCCAGUGAAGAGAACAACAAUCAAACAUCUGGCAGUGAAAGUAGUUCUUCAACAGAUAACACUCAGACUAGCAGUUCUUCAACAUCUGGCUCUGAGAGUAGUUCUUCGUCUACUACUUCUGGUUCCGAAAGUAGUUCUUCUGGUUCCGAAAGCAGUUCUUCUUCCACUACAUCUGGUUCCGAGAGUAGUUCUUCUUCUACUAGUUCUGGCUCUGAGAGUAGUGCUUCGUCAUCUGGUGCAGAAUCUUCAAGUACUUCUUCAACGGACAGUGGACAAGGCAGUGAGUCUGGUUCAGAAUCAGGAUCUGAAACUUCAAGUGCAGGAUCUGGGGGACAAUGUGAAAGAGAUGGAUUCAUGGGUGAUCCUGAGGAUUGUCGUAAGUUCUAUCGCUGCGUAGACGAUGGUAACGGUGGUUUCGUCAGACAUGAAUUUACUUGCGCUGAGGGAACUGUCUGGGAUAGUCAGCAGAACACUUGUAACCAUGCUUGGGCUGUUAAAGAUCCAAAAUGUGGAACCGGAAGCAACACAGGUUCAGAAUCAGGAGGAGAAUCAUCAACAGCAAGUCCAUCAUCAUCUAGUUCUGCUCCAUCAUCAGAAUCUCCAUCAUCUCAACCCACUCAGUCUACAACAACUGCUCCCGCUUCAACAUCUUCACAGGCGCCUUCAUCAACAACAUCUGCUCCUUCAUCGUCUUCACAAGCACCAUCAUCAACAACUCCACAAUCUACCACAGGUACCUCAAGUUCCUCCCAAGCUCCUCAAUCUACAACUCAGCAACCGUCAGGAUCAAGUUCAACAUCUCAACCACCAUCAAGUGACGGACAAUGCCGUGAAGAGGGAUUCAUUCCACACGAGAGUGAUUGUAAGAAAUUCUAUCGGUGCGUCGAUGAUGGAAAUGGAGGAUUCACACGGUAUGAAUUCAAUUGUGGAGAAGGAACAGUCUGGGAUACUGCGACAACUAGUUGUAACUACCCAUCAGAGAGUGCUGCACCAUGCGGAACAGGAUCAUCCUCUAGCGGAUCUUCCCCACCACCCAGUGGAUCAUCAACUGAAUCUACAACAAAGGCCCCUCAAGCAACUCAACAACCUACUGAAACUCAAUCGCCCAGUUCAACACAGUCUUCGACAACGACAACAACAACCACAACCACAACCACGACUACGACAACGACAACAGCUCCUCCCAGUAGCUCUUCAUCAAGUUCAUCUUCUGCAACAGAAUCAACCACUACUACGGCUCCUCCUUGCAAAAACGAAACAAGCACAACCCCCAGUUCUCAACCAGCAGGUACUGAAUGCCAAGGUGAAGGUUUCAUGGCAGACCCAGAAGAUUGCCACAAAUUCUACAGAUGUGUAAGCGAUGGUCAGGGUGGUUACACAAGGCAUGACUUCACAUGUGGUCAAGGAACUGCCUGGGAUGAAGCAGCACAAACUUGUAAUUAUGAAAGUUCGGUGGAAAGAUGCAAUGGUGGGUCAUCAAGUGCUCCACCGUCUUCAUCAUCCGCUCCACCUUCAAGUUCAACAAUGUCCAGUAGCUCCUCGGCGCCAUCAGAAAGCACGACAUCUGCUCCCCCGAGCUCAACAACUACGCAAUCAUCAUCGACUACUUCUCCAGCAUCAUCAAGUGCUCCACCUCAGUCUUCUACAACUAGUUCUACAACAACGAGUUCUUCGACAACAAGCGCUCCCCCAUCUUCGUCAUCCCAAGCACCUAAUCAAGGAAGUACAACAUCAUCUCCGUCUAGUGGAACGUGCGAAAGCGAAGGAUUUUUCGGAGAUCCCGAGGAUUGUCAUAAAUUCUACAGAUGUGUAGAUGAUGGAAAUGGAGGAUACACUAAGUAUGAUUUUACGUGCGGAGAGGGAACGGCUUGGGAUGCUGAUGCUCAAACUUGUAAUCAUGAACGUGAUGUUGCAACAUGCCAAAAUCAAGGAGGAUCAUCAUCUCCCCCUUCAAGUACAACAUCCGCUCCAUCGAGCUCUUCUUCAGCACCAUCAGAAAGUACCACUAGCAGUAGUACAACUUCUGCUCCAAGUUCAUCUAGUAGUACGACAACAUCAUCAUCAACAACUACGACCGCUAGCACAACUACGACAGGUUCCUCGUCAAGCUCUGAAGCACCAACAUCAUCAUCAACAGAAUCUUCAACAACCGCUUCUUCAUCAACCACUUCUUCCUCUGAACCACCAUGCGGCAACACAACAAGUGAAAUAAAGUGCGAAGAAGCAGGAUUCUUCCCACAUCCCGAUGAUUGUAGAAAGUUUUAUCGAUGCGUAGACUGGGAAAAUAAUGGAGAAAAAUUCUCACUAUAUCAUUUUGAAUGUGGGGAGGGUACUAUUUGGGAUCCAGCCCUAGAAACAUGUAAUUAUCCAGAAAGUGUUCAACCACCACGGAAUUGCAAAACAACAAGUGACAGCCAGUCUGGAGGAGAAUCUACAACAUCUUCAUCCACAACGACUUCAUCUACAACAACUGCAUCUACGACAACUUCCUCCUCAACAACUUCUACAACAACUUCAUCUACCACAACAUCAUCUACAACAACUACAACGACACCCGCUGAGACUACGACAACUGGAACUGAAUCUACAACAGAGCAAACAACUGAAUCUACAACAGAGCAAACAACUGAAUCUACAACAGAACAAACUACGGAGUCCACUACUCCUGCGACAACGGAAGAGUCCACUACAGAAGGAACAGAGAGCACAACUAGUUCAGAAACCAGCACGACACCACCAGAGUCUACGACAACUGAGCAAACAACGAUGGAAUCCACGGAAUCAACAACCACAGGACAAGAAUCAACUACAACUGGUCAGGAAACAACUACAACGGGCCAAGAGUCAACCACAACUGGUCAGGAGUCUACCACAACAGAUCAGCCGACUACAACAACGGAUGAAUCAACAACUGAGAGUACAGAAUCUACAACACCAGCAGAAUCAACAACUGAAAGUACUGAACCCUCAACCACAGCUGAAACCACAACUGAAACGACAACUGCCACGGAAUCUACAACGGAAACCACAGAUUCAACGACUGAAGCAGCAACAGAAUCAACGACGUCUCCACAGGAAACGUCGACAGAUUCAAGUACAACAGAUGAGAGUACUACUGAAUCGACAAUGGAACCAACAACUGAGUCAACAACUGAAGGAACAACAGAAACUACAACAGACGCUUCCACAACAGAAGAGACUACAACAGAUGCAUCUACUACAGAAGCAAGUACCACAGAAACAACAGAAGAACCAACAUCAGAGCCAACAGAGUCUACAGAAGGAACAACUGAGGGUACUACGGAAGGAACUACGGAGCAGCCAGCGCAAAAUUCAUCGUGCCCACCGUUGGAGAGUGGGCAGGCUUACUUUGUAUGCCCCACAGGAUUCAGAAGACAUCCUCAGAAUUGUAGUCAAUUCUACCAGUGUACUCAGCAACAAGACAGUGAAGACUAUAAUAUUGUUGUAUUGAGCUGUCCUGAAGGAACAGUGUACGAUGAAGAGGAGACUCAGUGCUUGCCGCCUGAUCAGACAGAACCAUGCCAGUCCUCGGGAAGACGAUCUCUACGCGGACUUGUUGAAAAACGAUCAACGAUCCAAGUUCGUAGACCUAAACGUCUCUGUCCCAGAGAAGGUUACUUCCCCUUCGAAGACGGCGCUUGUAGUACAAUGUUUGUCAAGUGCGGACGAUCACUCGAAGAGGAUAAACUCGAAGGAACGCUGUAUAGGUGUCCUAAGGGUUACGCCUACUGGCAUGUUAGCAGACGAUGCGAGAAACCCGUGAGGAUUCCAAUGUGCCGAAUCAAUACGUACGACGACCGCAACCGAAUCCCCAUCGAGUGGAUCAAUCUCGGCCGGGGACGAAGCCUGCGAAUAUAGAUUUAGAAAUAUUUCCUAGCGAGAUAGGCCUUUAGGUAGUUUCGUCAAAUUUUCAGUCAGGAUUUAGUGGCUAGAAAGAGCCAUGCGAAUUAAUUGUUAAGUAUCAACCACUUUGAACUGAUUUAUUUUAAUAUUAUUUCUCAAUUGAUGUGCUUUGCAUCGAGAAAACAAAGAAGAGGUCUGGUUCCGUUUUUGACAUUUACAGGCGUGCUAGGCUGUCUUGAACUCAGAACUUUGACCUUUUCUGGGACAACUUCCGGUGGUGGGGUAUUUAUAAUGUGUAAUUAUGUACUAAUCGACUUUCAUGAGUCUAUUCCGUUCAACAUCAUCCGUCUAUUUCACGCGCACAUUUCUUUAAGUGAAAGUCGUGGUGCAAUUUUAAGGUACUCACUAGGUUAGGUUAUAUCAACGAAAGUCGCCAUAUGAGAAAUUAAUUAAUAAAUUGACAUUGUAAAUAGUGUGAAUGUGCAUUUAUAGAAAAAAAGAAUGCAAAUAAAUGUCUAUUUUAAAGAA